GAGCCAAGAUGGCGCUAGCGGCCGAGAGUCCCAUGCGCUGUUUCCGGUCAUACCCGGAAGCACGAUUCCCAGCUGCAGCUGAGACGGUUGGCGGUUGCCGGCGGGGUGCGUUUUCUUAAAGCUGCUUGCCGCGGAGCCAGUCAGCAGCCAACAUGUCUAACAGAAACAAUAAUAAGCUGCCCAGCAACUUGCCGCAGUUACAGAAUCUGAUCAAACGGGACCCGCCGGCCUACGUCGAGGAGUUUUUACAGCAGUAUAAUCACUACAAAUCCAAUGUGGAGAUUUUCAAAUUACAACCAAAUAAACCUAGCAAAGAACUGGCAGAGCUGGUGAUGUUUAUGGCACAGAUUGGUCACUGCUAUCCAGAACAUUUAAGUAACUUUCCUCAAGAGCUGAAAGAUCUUCUCUCCUACAAUCAUACUGUCUUGGACCCAGAUCUUCGGAUGACAUUUUGCAAAGCUUUGAUCUUGCUGAGAAAUAAGAAUCUCAUCAAUCCAUCAAGUUUGCUAGAACUCUUCUUUGAACUUCUGCGUUGCCAUGAUAAGCUUCUGCGAAAGACUUUGUACACUCAUAUUGUGACUGAUGUCAAGAAUAUAAAUGCAAAACACAAGAACAAUAAAGUGAAUAUAGUAUUGCAGAAUUUCAUGUACACCAUGUUAAGAGACAGCAAUGCAACCGCAGCCAAGAUAUCUUUGGAUGUGAUGAUCGAACUCUACAGAAGAAACAUCUGGAACGAUGCCAAAACUGUCAAUGUGAUCACAACUGCGUGUUUCUCUAAGGUCACCAAGAUAUUAGUUGCUGCUUUGACAUUCUUCCUUGGGAAAGAUGAAGAGGAGAAACAGGACAGCGACUCAGAAUCUGAGGAUGAUGGACCAACAGCAAGAGACCUGCUAGUGCAGUAUGCCACAGGGAAGAAAAGCUCCAAACACAAGAAGAGGUUGGAAAAGGCUAUGAAAGUGCUCAAGAGACAAAAGAAGAAGAAAAAACCAGAGGUGUUUAAUUUUUCAGCUAUUCACUUGAUUCAUGAUCCCCAAGAUUUUGCAGAAAAACUGCUAAAGCAACUGGAGAGCUCUAAGGAGAGAUUUGAAGUGAAGAUGAUGCUCAUGAACCUCAUCUCCAGAUUGGUGGGAAUUCAUGAGCUUUUUCUCUUCAACUUCUAUCCGUUUGUGCAAAGAUUUCUGCAGCCCCACCAAAGAGAAGUAACAAAGAUCCUUCUUUUUGCUGCACAAGCAUCUCAUCACUUAGUACCCCCAGAGAUCAUUCAGUCAUUGCUCAUGACUGUGGCCAACAAUUUUGUUACUGACAAGAACUCUGGGGAAGUCAUGACAGUAGGAAUCAAUGCUAUAAAAGAGAUAACAGCUCGAUGUCCUCUAGCCAUGACUGAAGAACUUCUCCAAGAUCUGGCUCAGUAUAAAACCCACAAAGAUAAGAAUGUGAUGAUGUCUGCUAGAACUUUGAUUCAGCUCUUCCGAACACUGAAUCCUCAGAUGUUGCAGAAGAAAUUCCGGGGUAAACCUACAGAGGCCUCCAUAGAAGCAAGAGUGCAAGAAUAUGGAGAAUUAGAUGCUAAAGAUUACAUUCCAGGAGCAGAAAUUUUGGAAGUUGAAAAAGAAGAAAAGAAUGCUGAAAACGAUGAAGAGGGGUGGGAAAGUACCAGUCUCAGUGAGGAGGCAGAUGCUGAUGGUGAGUGGGUUGACGUGCACCACUCUUCUGAUGAAGAACAGCAAGAAAUCUCCAGGAAGCUGAACAGCAUGCCCAUGGAGGAGCGGAAAGCCAAAGCUGCAGCCAUCAGCACUAGCCGAGUUUUAACUCAGGAAGACUUCCAGAAAAUCCGCAUGGCCCAGAUGAGGAAAGAACUCGAUGCUGCCCCCGGGAAAGCCCAAAAGAGGAAAUACAUUGAAAUAGACAGUGAUGAGGAGCCCAGGGGCGAGUUACUUUCUCUUCGGGACAUUGAACGCCUUCAUAAAAAGCCAAAGUCUGACAAGGAGACAAGACUAGCAACUGCAAUGGCUGGAAAGAUAGACCGAAAAGAAUUUGUGAGGAAGAAAACCAAAAUGAAUCCAUUUUCCAGUUCCACAAAUAAAGAGAAGAAAAAACAGAAGAACUUUAUGAUGAUGCGGUAUAGCCAUAAUGUCCGGUCAAAAAAUAAGCGUUCCUUCCGAGAAAAGCAGCUGGCACUACGAGAUGCACUUUUAAAAAAGAGAAAAAGAAUGAAGUAACCUCCAAACAAGUUUUCCAUUCCAAAGAGAAAGCUAAAUUUGUGUCAUUAUUUUGAAAAUUAGUAAAUCAAGAAUGUUUGUUAACAUUAAAAAGUCCAGAAGCACUAUUUUGUGAAAAAUACAGUAAACUUGGUAGCAAUUUGAUGUUUUUUAUUUUGGGUAAUGGUGGGAAUGUUUGAAAUGUAAACAGUAGUGGUGUUAUAAAAUCAUUUUCAUUUAGAAUUUAUGCAAAAAAAAAUUGUUGUGUGCCUACUAGUUGUCACUGUAGAUAUAAAAAUGAAUGAGCCAUAACCCUUCACUCAAGACAUUCACAGCCUGUUUGGGGGAUGGGGGAGCAAGUGUGUACAUGUGUAUUUAUAAUGCAGUGUAAAUAGUUCUCCAUUUCUGUGGGGUCUCUGAGGCCUUACAGACUAACUCUGCAGAAGAUGGGAGUUACAUAUUCUCUAAAAACUAAAUGGGACAAUGUUACAAGAGUAAGAGGUUCUUACUUAUAAAUAGGCUUACCUGCUGAAAACAGGUCCCUGCUGUACAGAUUUUGGGUAGACAGAUUAGCUCUUUUAGUCUAUCCAAAAGAUUUAAAUAUUUUUUUGAAUGAUUUAAAUAUUUUUUUGAAUGCCAGGUACAGGCUUUUUGGUUAAGACCUCGCUUUUUAAAUUGCCUUAAGUGUAAAGAGUAAUCUUGAAGUGUCUUUAGUCCAUUUGGGCUGCCCACUCUAACACAGAGGAAAAAGAAAUCAGAUUGGUUUCCUCAGCCUUCCUUCACCCUGAAGUCUUUUCAGCCCACUGUUUGCCUGGUCUCAAUAAACGGUUUCUAAUGUCAACUAGGUACUCUUGUGUGGGUUGAGUGGUGCGUGUUGGUGUGUUGGUGUCCCUUCCCUAGGCAUGCUUGAGUAGAUUUCAGGGGACCUGAGAGCCAUGGUCCGUCUCUCUGUUUGCAGGUUGUUGCAUUUGGAGGUAGUUUGGUGCCUUUUGCCUCAGAUUUCUCAGAUAAUACUGUGGUAGAUGAGAAAAUUGCUUUGUCUUUAAAUUAGAGUGAAAGGCAAUUUUCUGUCCACUCAGAAUUAGAAAACAGCUUCCAAAACCACUAUUCUUGUUCCUUUUCCAGUAUCUUCUGUUCACUUUCGGAAUUCAACUUCGGUUUUAUUUGAAUGAAACUUCAUGACUUUCUCUAAGAUGCUCGUGGUCACUGGGGAUUAGUUGUGAAAACCUUGAGGUUUAAUGAUUAAAUUGCACUGGCCUAGUGAGGGGAGCUCUCAGAGUCAACCCCAGCAACUUCAGUGUUUCACAGGGAGUGUCUGAUGCACAUUUGAAUGUUUCAGACCUGAAACUGCUCUCUUUUCUUUCUGCAUUUUUGAACUGGGUGUCUCCUCAUGGGUCUAGCUUCAGAGAGAGGUAAAUAAAACUCAAAAUGGCAUGGCAGCUAUGGUCCACAGCUUUGCUGAGUGAAUUGUGAUGGAGCCUGGAAGUUUCAUCCUUCCCCUAGACUUUCCCACCCCACUUAGAUGCCAAGAGGCCAAAGUCCGAUCUGUGUUCUGACUCCUAUUCUUCUACUCUGGCUUCACCCUCCUUUUAAGUGAGGUUUAUAUGCAAGAUAGAAAAAUAUCUGGCUUAAAAAGGUUCAGUCUUAACUCUGUUUUAUUUCUUUAA